ACAACCUCGUCGAGUGGCAGCCAUGAGCGUUGCAGCUAGGGUGUCUCAAGAGAUGGGUGUUAAAUUGGGACACGAGGUUGGUUACUCCAUAAGGUUUGAGGAUUGUACCUCAGAGAAAACAAUGAUUAAAUACAUGACUGAUGGAAUGCUUUUGAGGGAGUUUCUUGGAGAACCAGAUUUGGCUGGCUAUAGUGUUGUCAUGGUUGAUGAGGCUCAUGAGCGCACGCUGUCUACUGAUAUCUUGUUUGGUUUGGUUAAGGACAUUGCUAGGUUUCGUCCAGACCUGAAGUUGCUCAUUUCAAGUGCAACCCUUGACGCAGAAAAAUUUAGCGACUACUUUGAUUCAGCUCCUAUUUUCAAGAUUCCUGGGAGGCGAUACCCUGGGAGGCGAUACCCUGUUGAAGUACAUUAUACAAAAGCUCCAGAAGCAGAUUACAUUGAUGCUGCCAUUGUCACUAUUUUACAGAUACAUGUGACACAACCCCCUGGUGAUAUCCUAGUGUUCCUUACAGGACAGGAAGAAAUUGAAACUGUUGAUGAGAUCCUGAAACACAAAACAAGGGGUUUAGGCACAAAGAUUCCAGAGCUAAAUAUAUGCCCUAUUUAUGCAAAUCUGCCUACUGAACUUCAAGCAAAGAUCUUUGAGACAACCCCUGAGGGUUCUCGGAAAGUGGUCCUGGCCACUAAUAUAGCAGAGACUUCAUUAACCAUUGAUGGUAUAAAAUAUGUUAUUGACCCAGGUUUUUGCAAGAUCAAGUCAUAUAACCCUCGUACAGGGAUGGAAUCCCUGCUUAUCAAUCCCAUCUCAAAGGCAUCAGCAAACCAGAGGGCAGGAAGAUCUGGACGGACAGGACCAGGAAAA